AUGGAUGAUACUGAACAACCUUCAACAUCUGAUGGAUUAGAUAUUGGUGAAACUAAAGGAACAAUAUCUAUGCAUAAUGUGGAGCGCAGAGUAUUAAUGCCAGUUGAUGGAAGUGAACAUAGUGAAAGAGCCUUUAAAUGGUAUAUGGAGAAUGUGAUGAAGUUAACUGAUGGCUUAUACCUAGUUCAUAUAGUUGAACCAAUGUCACCUGGAUUGAAUUAUAGCCUUGCCAGUAAAUCAUUAUCUUUGAAGGAUGAUUUUUCACGCCAUAUAAAUUCACUCAUUGAAUCAGGUCGUGUUUUACGUGAAAAGUUUCUUACACGCUGUGAACAAGUUGGUUUAUCGGCAAAAUUUAUAAUACACGUUGGAACUAAACCAGGCGAAAAUAUUGUCCGUCUUGCACAUGAAAAUGCAGCUAAUCUAGUUAUCGUUGGCAACCGGGGUAUUGGAACAGUUCGUCGAACAUUUCUUGGUAGUGUAAGUGAUUAUAUUUUACACAAUGUAAAUGUUCCAGUCAUUGUAAUACCUCCGCCUAAACAUUCAAAGAAAAAGUAG